CUAAGUUACAAGUCGAUUGAUUGACUCCAACUGUCGCUAUGAAAGUUGUCCAGGUGGUGUUAUCUAUCUGAAAUAAGAUGGCUGACCAUUAAUUUCCAGCAUCAUCGUCUCGUUCCCAUGCAUGCGCGCCCAAUAAACCGCUCGAUGCGAGAAAACCGGGUUUAGAGACUUGGCAAGAUUCACUACCUGGAUCUCCUGCUCUCUCUCUUUUUUUUAUCUUCGGGAAGGCUCACAAUAAAGAAAGCCAGUGUGGUACUUGUUGUGUGGCAGAUUCUAUCCGGUACGGUACUUCCCCGUCAACGGGAGAAGCCGCGUAACACAUAGAUCUGGUUAUCCUCUCUCUACCCAAACUGCCUUGCGCUGAUCGAUGCGCUUUCAUCCCAAUCCAUCCGAUCAACACAACUCCACAAUGCUCGAGAGCCCUAGGCUCACUCGCUUGCCACCAUGUUCUCGAACGCGUUAAAGUCCAUCUCGUCGACCAACAUCACCGGUAACUAUUCCAUAUCCCAGAACUCGACCUCGACCGCCGGCCCUUGGAAGAUUUAUGAUGCCAAGAAGAAGUCGACAGGCAAACCAUACUCGGUCUUUGUCUUUGAUCGGAAAUCCCUCGACUCACACGGAAACUCACUCAGCCGGUCGAGUGCUGCUGCCUUCAAGCGCACCGCAGAUGAGGUCGUCGACCGUCUUAAACGGGAGGCUUCGGCCCUGGCCCGCCUCCGUCACCCCAGUGUCCUCGAACUAGUCGAGCCCGUCGAGGAGACCCGGGGCGGUGGUCUGCAGUUCGUGACGGAACCUGUUACCGCGUCGCUGGCGAGCUUGCUGCAGGAGAAGGACGACCAGGAGCGGUCCGGCGGGCCGGGGGGACGCUCCAGUCGCUAUGUCACCGAAGACUCGGAUGGGACGCGCCGGCGGAGGGAAAUCGAGAUUGACGAGCUCGAGAUACAAAAGGGGCUUUUGCAGAUAAGCAAGGCGCUCGAGUUCCUGCACGAGAACGCCGGCUUGGUGCAUGGUAAUUUGACCCCUGAUGCGAUCCUGAUCAAUGCCAAGUCGGACUGGAAGAUUAGCGGGUUGUCAUAUUGCAGUCCACCCGAAGGCUCUACAAAGCCAACAUCUUUCCAACCCAUCAGCCUGUCAGAAGUCCUCAACCCAGACCCAAGGCUUCCACGUUUUGUGCAAAUCAACCUAGACUACACGUCGCCCGACUUUGUCAUGGACAACAACCUUACCACUUCAGCAGACAUGUUUUCACUGGGUAUAUUGGGUGUGGCGCUUUACAAUUCGCCUCACCGGUCCCCCAUUGAGAGCAACCAAAGCCUCUCCAGCUACAAGAGGGUCUUUUCUUCGUCAUCUACUACCCCUUCCGUCAACAACAACUUCUGCUCGGCACGUCCGCUCCCCAAGGAACUAUCUCAGCAUGUCCUGCCCCGUCUGAUCACCAGGCGACCGGCGCAGCGGAUGACGGCUAAGGAAUUUCAGAUGAGCGAGUAUUUUGACAACGUAUUGGUAUCUACCAUUCGGUUCUUGGAUUCUUUCCCAGCCAAGACGCCAAAUGAAAAGGCGCAAUUUAUGAGAGGACUGAACAAGGUUCUCCCGUCUUUCCCCAAGUCAGUAAUGGAAAAGAAGCUUCUUCCGGCACUGUUGGAGGAGUUGAAAGACAGAGACUUGGUAUCACUCAUCCUGCAAAACGUUUUCAAGAUAAUCGACCUGUUACCAUCAGGAAGGCGAGCUUUUGGAGAUAAAGUCCGAGCCAAGUUGAAAGAGCUUUUUGUUACAAACGUAAAAAAUGCCCAAGAAAAGGACCCGGCGCGAGACGCUGGUCUGAUGGUAGUACUGGAGAACCUGGCCACCAUUGCCACUAUAUGCGGCGGGAAAGAGUUUAAGGACGACAUACUGCCCAUCGUUGGGACAGCUUUAGAGUCUCCGACGCCGUCAGUAAUUGAUGCGGCCUUGCGAUCACUUCCAGUGAUUCUGCCGGUGCUUGAUUUUAGCACCAUAAAAAAUGAGCUCUUCCCAGUCAUUGCGACUAUUUUCAGCCGGACAAACAGUCUCGCAAUCAAGGUUAGGGGGUUGCAGGCGUUUGUAAUACUAUGCGGUGGCUCCAACGAUCCGAACGACGACGAUGGUCUUGAUGGACUCAACGAGCGCAAAGCGAAAUCGUCAUCCUCAAGUGCGCUGGACAAGUACACGAUGCAGGAAAAGAUUGUUCCGCUGAUCAAGGUCAUCAAGACCAAGGAGCCGGCCGUGAUGAUUGCAGCGCUGAAUGUACUGCGUGUCGUUGGCAAAAUAGCCGAUGCGGAAUUCGUAGCCAUGGAAAUCCUUCCAAUAUUAUGGAACAUGAGUCUUGGUCCGCUGUUGGACCUGAAGCAGUUUCAGACGUUUAUGGAGCUUAUAAAGUCACUAUCGAAGCGUGUUGAGGACGAGCAGAUCAAGAAGUUGCAGGAGUUGGCGGGUACGACGAACGGCAGCACAGCAGGCCCGAACGACGACUUCAUGUCGUUCGGCGGAGUCACUGGUACUCAGUUUGAUGCCACAAGUAAUGCUGGAGAUGACGACUUUGAGUCUCUGGUCAAGGGCAAACCGUCGGGCUCUUCUGCAGCGAAUCCCAUGGAUGCCGGGGGAUGGGACGGCAUGGCAUCAGGAUCGGGAUCUAACGUAACGUCUCCUGGUGUCAAACCAUCGGUCAAGUCGCCAACAACUGCGCCGACCUUUUCAUGGUCAACACCCAACAAUUCGACCCCAUCUCUUCCAGCCACUGUCAAGGCGCAGGCCUCGUCUUUCAGGACGGUGACUCCCGAUCUCGGCAGCUUUCAAACUCUAGCCCCUUCGAACACGCAAUACUCGCAGCCGUUGCAGCCACAAUCAGCAUUUGCGCCGCCUCCGCCGGCCUCAUCCACGCCCAUGGCCAGCACAACAGCCUCCAUUAACUGGUCCUCGGCGGCUACGACACCAGCGGCGGCAAACCCAUGGGCCUCUGCCUCGUCGACGUCGAAUACCAUCUCGUCGCCACCGGCGACAUCCUCUUUUGGCGGCGGGCUCAACUCAUCCAUGUCAUCACUGUCAAUGAACUCCAGGCCCACCAUGUCGCAGCAGAGUUCAUCCUUCUCCCUCCCUCCGCCGCCUUCGAAUAAUUCGUCCUUUGGGAUGGGUGGCAGCGGCAUGGGCUCUGGCAUGUCAUCUUUUAGCCUCGCGCCGCCGCCCUCUGCGAGCGCGCUGCAGCCAUCAGCGGGUCCCAAGUACGGAGCGGGUCUCUCCUCGGGCAGCACAGCUCAAGGGAUGGGCAUGGGCAUGGCUAAUAAUAGCACCAAUUCAAUGACGGGAUCCGGAAUGGGGAUGGGCAUGGCGGCUAUGAUGGCCCAGCAACAACAAAAACAGCAAACACAAGCACCGCCACAGAGCAACUCUGGGUCUGGUCUGGACAAGUUCCAGAGUCUAUUGUAGUAGCAGUAGUAGAGAAAGAAGACCAGCAAAAGCGUUAUAGCAAUAGUGCCUAUUUUUUUCAGGGGUUCCCGGGUGUGGAAAGGAACCUUCGCUCCGACACGAUAUAGAAACUACCGUGCAUUUUUACUUUUUUUUUUUUUUUUUUUUUUUUUGCGAUCGGGGUCAAUACUGCACGAUACUCUUAUUUUUUUCUUGGCAUAGGCCUUUGGCAACUAGGUUUAGGCGCUUAGCUGCGAUUGAUUCGUCUGUUGUUUCUAUUUGUUUUGUGUUUAUACCCGUUUGGUUAUUGGCCCCCAAUACUACUCACCCUGUCGUUUCACGUGAAGGGAAGCGCUUGAGUGGCAGGGACUGUGCGUCAAAUCGUAGCCUAAAAUCGGCCGAAAAAAAAGCUAUUUCUAGGAUCGCGUCCUGUAGAAUGAA